UUUAAUUCAACUUAAACAUAACAAACACUUAAGUAAUAGAUUUAGCUGUUAAGAGGCGCGCCGAUCCAUCGCAAUUCAAAUCGUUCAAAGGCAUUUUCGAAAAGAAAGCCCAGCAGAUGCAACUUAGAAGCAAAGGGAACAGAGCAGUAUAGGAAAAUAUAGCAUAUAUACCUACUGUCACGCUAGGAUACUACCACUUAAGUUAUAAAACAAUGUACAUUUGAGAAGAGAAAGGUUAUUUUACUAUAAAAGCAACUGUAAGCUGUGAGAUACAGUCAUUAACAAAAGAGAGCCCAGAUUACCCUAGAAAGGCAUUACAGAGCAGGCAGACAGUAAGGGAGCAAGGUUAACAAAAGGGACACAGAGUCACAACAGCGACGGAACACUGUACAUAGCCAGCACUCAAAUUCAAUCUCAGUCCCAAGCCCAAGAAGUUAUCGUCAUGAACGCGCGUUCGCAGGUCUUCGAUUUGACCAUGGAGGGUCGUCAGGUGGACGAGGCGGUAGCCACCAUCUUUCACACCGUCCUCUUCCACCGCUGCCUGGGCAAGUACAUGUACACGGGCGACGCCCAGUACUCCAUCGGGACGGUCGGCUACACGGACGUCGAUUGCAACUUCAUUGACUUCACCUACGUGUGCUGCACCUCGGACAGCCUGACGCACAGGGUGAAGAGGGCGAUCAACUCGUUCAGCGAAAAGCUGCGCUCCAACGAAAGCUGCGGCUCCGGCCAAAUCAGCCUGGAGUUCUUCCAGAAAAAGAAGAACCGCUGGCCCUUCCCGCAGGAGUCGAUCCCGUGGGAAGUGUGGACGGUCCAUCUGGACCUCAUUAAGCACGAGAACGAGGACGAGCGGCAGCUGUGCCGCGAGAAUGUCUCCGAUCUCCUGACCGAAAAGGUCAUAUACAUCACCGAGCUGAUGAACCGACACGACUACGUCCCCAAGACGCCCAGUCAGAGCGAACUGGACCUGAUUUUCGACACAUCCUUUCCGGACGUGCAGCCGUACCUCUUUAAAUUCGACUACUCAACUUCUGGCUCGACUGCUCCCUCCAUGGGCAACGCCAUGAAGAAGAUCAUCAAAGAGACCCUCGCAAUGUGACGGGUUGAUGGAGAAGGGAUCGAGAUCCUGCCACCUUUGUGUAGAAAUGCCACACCAGUGGCUGGUUAUCACUACGGGGCUGUCCACACAUCAAAAUUAGUUGUUCGCGAGUUUAUUUAUUUGUAUUUUCUUUUUUUUUCAACCGUUUAUAGUGUUUUUACCCAAGACUAAGGGUGAGUCAUUUGCAAGGGUGAUAAGAUAAAAUACCAAGUAGCUAAAUAUUUAUGGCAAGUCCCCGCUGAACUAUAUCUUUUAAAUGUAGGCUUUCAUUUCAAUAGUUCUGCCUUAAGUGGGCGUUCACUCAUGUCUCGUCCGUAUUUACAUGGUUUUUUGAACAUUUUUUUGUGAAGAACCAUUAAAACUUAGAACUGCAAAAAAAAUGUUCAAUUUUUUAUAAACCGAGACAUAGAUGAACCCCCUUAAAGCCGGAUGGCAUUUUCUUUAAUAUUGGCUAACUGACUGGAUUUUUUGUGGGAGAGAUAGAGGAUUUCGUACUGAAAAGCUCCCGUAAACAUAUUCAGCCAGUUAGACAAACACUAAGCAAGUGUUAUGCGACCAUUAAUAUAAAUACUCGUUACUCAUGGAGAAAAAGGGUUUAUUGUAUUCGUCAAAAAGUAUGAAACAGGUAGAAGGGAGCGUUUCCGACCCUAAAAAGUAAUAUACUCAAGUCCGUCUGUGGUUCUGUCCGUUUGUCUCUCUGUCCGUAUGAACGCUAACAUCUCAGAAACUACAAAAGCUAGAAAUCUGGGGUUGAGCAUACAGAUUCUAGGGGCUCUUUUGCAGCGCAAGUUUGUUUCAUCGAAGUGCCACGCCCACUCUAGCGCUAAAGUCUGUAUUGCGCCCACAUUUUUAAAGGUUUUGUUGAUCAAUACCUAUCUACAUUCCACUAAUCAAACCAAUUGCAAUAUUAUUAUUAAAGUUAUGAAGUUAUGUAAGCUAGUAACUCUCCCGCUAGGUGCCGAGCCAAAAGAAAUGCCCUGAAAUUUUGUUGAGAAAUCUUGUUUUGUAGAUGGUUAGCUGAGUAACGGGUAUCCGCUGGUCGAGACACUCGACCAUAACGUUCUCUCUUGUUUUAGUUGUUAUUAUGGCCUAAGCUAUCCAAUAGGUUCUAUUAACCACCGGUACAUCCAAGAGCAUGGUAUGGGUAAAUCCAGCUCUGCAGGAUUUGAAAGUGUUCACGCAAAAGAGCAGGAGGCAACGUUGUGCAGACAGCGAUGCUUAGCUAAAAGGAGAUGGAUGCAGAGUCAAUAACCGAUUGAUAAUAUUAAAGAAUGGGCUCUCGAUUUUACCACUUGGGCUACCAUUUAGCUGUCUAUCACCCCAUCGAGCCAACAAGCCUAAGCUCGAGGUGUGACAAGCGCUGUAUCCCUUCGAAAAUUCAUGCAAAACGUUCCAAAAGCAAGCUUUGAGCUCCCCUAGCAAGCAAAUACCUGUCAGCAGAUCAAAUGCAUUGUGUUAAUUAUGUCUAAAUCGCCAGUGUAAAUAAUGAAAAUGAUGCAAGCUAAGAAAUUAUAUUCGGUGAAGAAGAGAGAAGGAGGAGAAGGAAAACAAUAACGAAUUCAGAACCCAUCUAAUGUUGAGAUCGAGGCAAUUAGCGGUAGAGAUGUAUGUAUAAAAGAUUGUGAUUGUACUUGUAGUGUUUAAACGAUAGUACCAACUCUAUGUAUCCAUGGAGAUCCAAUACAUAGAUGUGUAUGUAUGUAAAUCAAUGUUUAUCUGUAUGUCCAAGCUAUAGAAGUAAUCGAUAAAUGUACUUUACGACUUAACUAAUAUUGUAAAAUCGAAUUAAGCAGAAUAAAUCCUUUGAAGCACACGUUCAAAGUAGAAAUGUAA